UUCAUAGUGUUUUAUAGGCGCCGCGAGUACUAAAUUUAUAAUGUGUAGUGUAAGCCGACGAAAACCUGCAGCUUUGUCUGCAACUGCAUAACGAAAACGAUAUACGAUCGAGUACGAAUAUAUGUCCCUCGAUUAUUAUAUUGUUAAACUUUGACGUAAUUGUGAUGGCAAAAAUAACACCGGAAAAAGCAUUGAAAUAUGCAAAAAUAUUAACAUACGUAAACUUUACAGUUCCACUGAAAAAUCCUACUAGAUUUAAAAUGAUACGUUUAUACUUUCUACGGAUCUUAGUCAGUGCGCACGUAUUUAUAGCAGAGGCUCCUUUAGUGUAUACCAUUCUUACCGAUGAUUUCAGUGAUCCAAUAAAGACAACCAAGGUAUUUUCCGUAGCGAUAGCUUGUAUACAAGCUCCUUGGCAAUUAGGAUUUCUCUCGCUGCACUAUGAUCGAUUAGAUUUUGUGAUAUCGGAAAUGGAGCAUUAUUUCAAAUGCGCAGAAAAAUAUGAAAGAGAAGUUUAUCAAUUCUACGUCGACAAAUGUAGAAUCUUUUAUAUUUGCUCUGUCGUUUCGGUUUUCUGCACUAUAGUAGGAUUGGGAUUUGGGCCGAUCGUAACACGCGAUCCCAUACCUGUGGACGCAAAAUAUCCUUUCAACGUGACGCAAGAACCAAUGAGGACUGUUAUCCACGUGCAUCAAAGCGUGUGUCUUUAUCAGUGCUUUUCAUCUGUUUGUCACUCUUUUCUCUUCGGUAUUCUCAUAUGGUUUACUACGGCACGUUUCGAAAUUGUAUCAAAUCAACUUCGAAACGCCAACAGUCUUUAUGAUAUCAUCGCAGGUAUACGGGAACAUAUAAAACUGCUAAGGUAUGCUGAAGAGAUUAUAACUGCUAUUCGUACCUCAAUAUUAAUAGUAAUAAUUAUUGUUACAUUCUCGAUUGUAACUGGUGGUUUAGUAAUUGUAAGCAAUGCCGCAUUAGUGGACAAAGCACAAUUCGUAAUCCUGUGUAUUGCUGGACUUUUUGAAGUUUAUGCGUAUGCUUGGCCAGCCGAUUACUUGAUGGAUGCGAGCACAAGUGUUGCGGAUGCAAUAUACGAGUCAGAAUGGUUUAAUCAAGAACAUGCUUUUAAAACCAAUGUAUUGUACAUCUUGUUCAGAAGCCAAACACCGUUAACCAUCCAAGUUUCUUCUAUGAUACCAGUUUUAUCAUUAAAUUACUUUUCGUCGUAUACAUCAACGGCUUUCUCUUAUUUAAUGACAUUGCGAGUGAUAUUUAUAGAGGACUAAUAAAACUAAAACUUGAAGUUUUUAUCUUUACAUAGAUUGCUCCAAAUGUUACAGAGAAAUCAUUAUAUUUUUUGGUAGAAAAUAUUUUAGCGUGUUGU